GCAGAAUACCCCACCCUCCUUAAUAUCUCUUGUACCAAUGUAGGACAUUGGGAGAUAAAAGACAAUGCCUACUCCAAGGAGACAAAGUCGCUGUCCUUAAAAUCUGAAAUAGGGUGACUAAAAUAAUGUAUAACAAGGUCAAACCAAACCAGAUAUAACCGCAUGUGCCAGAGUAAACCAACAUAAAACAUCAAGGGACUCGGGUAACAAAAAAUCUAAAAAAGCAAAAUGGUGAAGGCUUGGUAUCUUGGAAGUGAUUUAUAUCAGAAAGAUUCUAACGAUGUUCUCACACCAGAAGAAAUCACAAAGAAAACAGGAGUUCAGAUCUUUAAGGCACCAGCUGUAUGUUUUUGACAAAUACCAAGGCAGACGCAAGGCAGUUGACUGUAGAGCUACCAUGUGACCAGUCUGACAAUAUGACAUGGCUACAGCUUGCCUAUUUUCUAUGGUGACCAAAGUCCAAGUUAUAAUUUCAAUGGUGACAAUACAGCCUAUAAGAAAUUGGGAUACCCCAUAAAGACUAUAAGAUGGAUGUUGACUCCUACAAAGAUGACAGUCGCUUCAAAAGCGUUAUUGAGGAAAAGAAAUUAUUCUUCAGCGAUGUCUACAAUAACCCAGCUGACUGUACAGAAGAACAGGUGAAGUUCUUCCUAAAGGAGCAUAUACAUGAAGAUGAUGAGGUUCGCCUAGUGUUAGAUGGUGCAUGCUGUAUGGAUGUCAGGGACAAAGAUGACAAAUGGAUCAGAUUGAGGGUAACAAAAGGUGACAUGGUAGUCUUACCACCUGGCCUCUACCAUAGAGGAUUGAUUGAUGAGUACCUGCAGAUGUUGCGGAUGUUUGAAAACAAGGAACUGUGGGUGGCUGUAUACCGUCCCGCUGCUGAUGACAACAUUGUCCAUAAGAAAUACCUGGAAUCAAGAAGAGCAAUUGAAGCUAACUGAAUUGACUAUUCAUAGAUGGUAUGAAUGAAACAAUUAAACAUGUACUUUAGUAUGGAUGAAUCCCAAGAUGGGAAUAUAAUGUACUAAGUACAAUUUUUGGUCAUCAAAUAUUUUAGAAAUAUCACUCUGUGGAUGGAGUUUUAUGGAACAAUUAUAUUAUCAGUUUAAUCUAUACAUGAUAUGGACCACAUCUGCAAAGGAACUCUAUUUUGACCUAUAUAUGACUGCAUUAUUUGAUUUAUGAUCUCAUUUGACAUGUUUAAUUAUUUAAGAGAUUAUAUACAACAAUAAAAAUCUGAAAACAUGUGGUCUAGUCCAAGAUAUUUAGUUUAACAGUCCACAAUUGCUUUAUGUGAUAUA